GGGGCUGCGGGCAGAGCCGGCUCCCCCGCGGCCCGGCACUUGGUACACUCCAGGACCGAACCGCUCCUUCCAGCAUCCUUCCUCCCGCAGGUACCAGCUGUCGGGGCAGCGCCUGAGCUCAGGAACUGGGACCAGCCCUCCGAGGAGCCCUGACCUGCCCGCCCCGGGGCCUCUGCACCAGCAGCUUCUGUGCCAGACGCUUUCUGCUGCAACUCCCCGCCAGGUGGGGCACCCACCCCGGCACCAGGCUCCGGUGCCCCCCACGGACCCCGCGCCCCAGGCCGCCGCUGCCUGUGGCCUCAGGAUGAAAGGGGAGACGCCUGUGAACAGCACCAUGAGCAUCGGGCAGGCCCGCAAGAUGGUAGAGCAGCUCAAGAUCGAGGCCAGCCUCUGCCGGAUAAAGGUGUCCAAGGCGGCGGCGGACCUCAUGUCCUACUGCGAUGCCCACGCCUGCGAGGACCCGCUCAUCACCCCCGUGCCCACCUCCGAGAACCCCUUCCGGGAGAAGAAGUUCUUCUGUGCCCUCCUCUGAGCCGCCGCCCGCCCGGCCCUGGUCCCGCAGCCCCGCGUCCCCGCCUCCUCCGCCUCCUCCAGCCCCUCCCUCUCCGCCUCCUCCGCCUCCCCCCGCUCCGGCCCUCACCGGGGCGGUCCCCGAAGC